CUUUUUUGUCAGUUGGCUUCGCUGUCAAACGGAAAAUGGCAGCGACGAGUGUUGUCGUUCUCGACAGAGGCAACAAUACAACUUGUACCGUAAAUCUUUUCGGUGCUACAGUAGUGUCAUGGAGAGUAAAUAAUCAAGAACAGUUAUUUGUAAGUAAACAAGCAGUAUUCGAUGGCAAGAGAGCGAUACGAGGAGGGAUACCGUUUGUGUUCCCUCAAUUCGGACAAUGGGCCUUCGGUCCCCAACACGGGUUCGCGCGGAUAGCGCGCUGGCACGUCGAGAAGAUGCCGGAGCGACUGCCCAGCGGCGACGUGGAGGCGGUCUUCAGUCUCAUGGACGAUGACUUCACCAGAUCCAUGUGGCACUUCCAGUUCAGACUGACAUACAGGCUGAUUCUCCGCGAGAAGGAGCUGCACUUCAACAUCGGCGUGUACAACCCCAGCAAGGAGCUGACCUUCAGCUGUCAGAUGUUACUCCACACAUACUUCAAGGUGCCCGACGUGCGCCGCUGCCAAAUCACCGGCAUGCAUGGGUGCAUGUUUAUUGACAAGACGCGGGAAGGCGCUCUAUACCAGGAGACCAGAGAGGUGGUGACGAUCAACGAGUGGACGGACAGGAUCUACCAGAACACGAUGCAGGAGCACAUCAUCACCAACGUGGUCAGCGGCCGCAAGAUGAGGAUACAGAAGUAUAACUUCCCCGAUACCGUGAUCUGGAACCCGUGGUCGGAGUACGCGAAGGAGAUCCCUGACUUCGGCGACGACGAGUUCCCCAACAUGGUGUGCGUGGAGGCAGGCCGCGUGGCCGCGCCCAUCGUACUGCUGCCCGGGACCGCCUUCGAGGCCAGCCAGAUACUGCAGGUGAUGUAAGUGAUGGGCCGCCCCUCAACCUCAGCCGUCCACUGGAGCGAAGUCAAUAGCGAGCGCGCGGCCGGGGCUCCGCGCUGCCGCUGCCCGCACACUAGCCCUGCACACAGUGGUCCAAACUGGUAUACAAUAUAACUAUUCGUUUCUUUUUACUUAGGACUUGAUAACUCCUCUUUACUUGAGCAAGGGAGAUACCGACUUUAACUUACUAGUUAAUUUUAAGCUUUUUAAAACUACACGAAAUACGUAGAGUUUUUUAAUAGCCGUCUGCAUCAGAUUUGAAGAGUAAUGUUGAAACCAGUUUAUCGAAUAAGCUCCACAUUUCAUUUCAUACUGUGUUCAAACAAAGUAUUCAUACUUUGUUUUCAUUGAAUACUAUAUCUAAAAGUUUUCUUUGAAAGAAUUCAGUCGAGUAGAGUCGAGUAUCUCCCUAAAUGAGUCUGCCUGUGUAUGAACGAAUAUUAUAAUUUAAUAAAACUAUAUCAAGUUGGACCAUUGUGUACGGGAUCAUUAAGAUAACCAGUAACAUUUUAUACUGUCUUCAAUACCAGUUUUAUAUUUUAAUAGUAAUGAUUCAAUACUCAAUAAUCAAAUAAAUGUAACCCUAAUAAUGUUUUAGAUCAAAAAUAGGACUACAUAUAAAUGAUGUAGAUUGUUUUAACAGUAAUACAUGGUACUUACUUCGGUUCAAUUAACUAAAAAUGUUAUGAUUCGAUAGUGUCCAUAAAGAAAUCGAAGAUUAUUUUUUUCAAAAAUUGAAGCUGUUGAGCCCCCUAUAUGUUAACUAUGUCAUUCCGUUGGUACAAUAAUUACUGUCAAGUUUAUUUACUAGUUUGCACUUAACAAUCCUAUAGUUUUACGUUUACAGCACAACUGUGAAGUUAUAGGUUGUUCUUGAAUCGCACAGUCAGUUAGAUGCAAAUAAAAGACAUUAAAAUAAUAUUUUAAGUGGAGGUUAAGUUCUACUUCAUCGAAUAUUUCAUUCAAGUUUCUAAUGUCCUAUAAUCUUGCCAAAUCGUAUCACAGCUUAUUCUUUUGUUUCCUAAUUAAUGGUUACGGUGUAACGAAUGUUAAUUGUAUGUUUUAAAUAAAAUCUGCGUUCAAUAUUUGUAAAAUUUGAUGAUUUUUGAAUGACAAUAGUUAUGAACAAACGUGCUAAAUGCAUAUAUGCACAUAUUAUUCAUCAAUUUUACGCUAUUUCAAUGUUGCCAGUGCGUUGUUGCGUGGUUGUUGCCAUUCGAAAAAGGUUUUUAAAGUUCAAAACAUGUUAUCUGUCUAUGUUGUCUAGACUAGCUUCCUUUCCUGUCUUCCGCUGUUUUCUAUACUUGUUGUCAUUGUUCUGUUUGUUUUCUAUUUAGACAUAAGAUACCUCAUUUUUGUAUAACCUCCUGAAAGUGUAUGUUUGCUACAUGCUCGAGUUUGCGAAAUUUAAAUUAAACAUCAUUUUAAACUAGAGGAAACUUAUCAUGGAGGUGCUAAAAUUCUAAUUAUAUAACUACUGACAUUCCUUUAGUUCGUUUUUAAGAGUAACUUUUUUACUAGUUGAUGGAUUUUUUCCGAAAUGAGUGAAUUAUAAUACGAUACACCCCAUAUUAAACGAAAAAUUGAUACGAAAGUAGUGGUCCGAAUGCUUAUUUUUACCGUAAUUUUCAAUUUCGAAUAGGGAUGAUGACUAGACAUUUAUUGAUUUUCAUAUAGAUUUAUUUUCAUUUAUCAUGAUUGAUAAAUGAAAAUCAUAGUCCACAGAUUUUUACUUCAUACAAUAUCGAAACUUACUACGAUAUUUUUUACUUUUUCUUGUCAUGUAAUGAAGAUCAUCUCUAUUUAAAUAUUUGAUGUAAUUUUUUGGUUUUUGUAAUUUUAUUCCAUGUAGCAAUACUCAAGCUGGUCUAACUUAUUGUUGUAACAGUUAAGUAAACUUUAACUAUCGUAGUUAUACUUACACAUUCAUAUCAAAUAGGAGCAAUUACGUAAUCUUAUGCGUCGGUAUAAUUAUUAUUCCAUUAACUUCCUUACCUUAUUAUUAUAACCUUCCGCGAUACAAUUUAGCCUCUGAUUUUUGUACCUUCAGAUAUUUGUACGUUAAACAGAACAUACUCCAAAAUGCGCAAGCGCACAUGUUGUACAAAAUUAUGUGAUUUUUAAGUACAUUUAUUUUGUACAUUUUGUUUAUUUUUCUUUAAUUUGAAACGUUUUUGGAGGCUUUUAAAGUAUACGAAGAUUAACGUAAGAAUAUGUACUUAGAUAUAACGAGUUCCUUGUUUUUAAAUACGAACAAUUGGGUAGGUUUUUGUACUAAAAUAACAUUGUAUUAUGUCGUAUGGACAUGAUGUUGUAAAGGUAAUUGUUAUUAUGUAUGAUAUACAUUCUGUAGUGUCUUGAUGCUCUCUCGACGUAGAGGUAGAAUAAGAAUUUGUUCUCUAAACUAAUUGAUCCAUAGUUUUAAGUCGAUUUUGACUUUUUGAUGUCCAAUAUUAUACCAAUCGAGUCGUAGCACUCAAUAAUAAUACGUAUUUGUAAACUAAUUGGGUGGGAUACCUUUGUAGGGCCCAGACAACGAAAUAUGCAACGAAUUGUACUUCCAUAGGUGCAAUAAAGUGAAGUAAAAUGAU